AAAUCUGGUGGAGGGUAGCAGUGAGUGUUUUUGUCCUCUUGUUGGGAAAAUACCGCAGACUUUGCGGAGGAGCGAGGGGCAUUGUUAUGUGUAAGGUGUAGGUGGGAAUCCACCUAAUUGCGGCUCUGUCAGCAGGGCCCGAAUAUUGAUAUUUCUUCCCGGGUCUCUUUCUGCCCGAGCUUUGGUUUUUUUUUCUCUCUCUUCGCUUGGUAGGAUUUGGACUACAGACCACAGGUUAUAAUAUUGUGAUCCUACCGGGCUCUUUUUGGGGCCUAGUGAAACUGCAAAUAGCAGCUGUAACCUGAAACUGACCAGUUACUGUAACCAAUUAUUAAUGAUACAUCCACACCUCGGAUCUCAGUUUUGUAGAAACAUCUGCCAGUGGAAUGACUGCUAGUAUCGUCUGUGCUCCCUCUUCUUGUGACUGCUUUGUUGCUCUUCCACCUGCCACUGAGAGAAAAGAGGUGAUUUUCGGGAAGAACUCGGACAGACCAUGGGAUGAGGUUCAGGAAGUGGUUUACUUUCCUGCAGCUGUAUAUGUACCAGGCUCUAAGGUAGAGUGCACCUACAUUGAAAUCGAGCAGGUUGAGAAAACACAUGCAGUCAUUCUCAGCAAGCCGGCCUGGCUGUGGGGAGCUGAAAUGGGUGCCAACAGCCAUGGUGUCUGCAUUGGCAACGAGGCCGUGUGGACGAAAGAGCCUGUCAAUGAGGAGGAAGCACUCCUUGGAAUGGACCUCGUCAGGCUUGGACUGGAGAGAGGUUCCACUGCAAAGGAAGCCCUUGAUGUUAUUACAUCCCUUUUGGAGCAGUAUGGCCAGGGUGGAAACUGCAAAGAAUCCCCAGAAGCAUUCAGCUAUCAUAAUACUUUUCUGAUCGUGGAUAGGAAAGAGGCAUGGGUACUGGAGACAUCUGGGCAAUACUGGGCUGCUCAGCAAAUUACAGAAGGAGCAAAAAAUAUCUCCAAUCAGCUGACCAUCACCACAGAGAUCAGCUUUGAGCACCCUGAGCUUCGAAACUACGCCCAGCGUCGGGGAUGGUGGAGUGGUGUUGGUGAGUUCAACUUCUCCAAGGUUUUCUCCCUGACUAACCCAGCAACGAGAAUGGAGGCUGCAAAUGUUCGUUACACAGGAGGCAAGGAGCUGCUCUGUAAACAAGCAGGAAGCAUCCAAGCUGAGACUAUCAUGGACAUCCUACGUGAUAAAGAAAGUGGAAUCUGCGUGGACUCCGAAACUAUCUGCACCACAGGCAGUAUGGUUUCCAUUCUACCUCAGGAUGCCGGUUUGCCCUGUGUGCAUUUCUUUACAGCCACUCCUGACCCUUCAAGAUCUGUCUUCAAACCCUUCAUCUUUAUCAAUGAUGUCAUGCCAGUCCCGAUGGUGAUUUCUCCGAAUUAUGGUGACGAUGAUCCUGUGAGGAAACAGCCUCGGUUCCAGAGAAAACUGGAUCGCAGACAUGAAUUAUACCAGGCCCACCAACAGGCCAGAGCUGUGAUGGAGAGUGGACAGGAGGACGGUGCAAAGUUGCACCAGACCAUGCAAAACCUUGAGCGACAAGCAUUGAAUGCAAUCAAAAACAUGCUGACUAGUGGAGGAACGUUUGAUCCAGAGGAGAUGACUGAUCUGUUCUUUGAUUGUGUUGACACAGAGAUCAAAUUUUACAAAUAAACUGUCAAGUAUGAAACUGCUGCAAAUCCGGUUUAGGUAAUUCUCACUCUGUUAAUAAUUUGUUAUGUACAGUGUGUUUCAAAUCCAGCUUGGGGACUGUCCUUGCACAGGGUGCAUUUUGGAAAUGUAUACUGCAGUUGGAAUUGGAAGGAAUCAUUUGGAGUAAUCCAGUCUGUUGACUAUCCAAUGAGUCUUGACAGUAUACCAUAGUUGUGUAUAUAAUUCCAGGAGCUUCUUUCUUGAGUGUGUUCUGGGAGUUAGAUCUAAACAUGUACUCAUUUUGCUGAUAUUCAUCUACAGCAGUUUUGCCAAUUAAAUUAGAGUACAGCCAUACCUAAAGUCGAUAUGAAUCAGUGUAAGAAAUGGGAAUCCAAUAAAGUAUAUGCAUCUAUGCAAAUCUGAAAUUUCAUAUUCACGAUUUAUGUAACAAUUGUUCUGCAGAUCAAAUAAUGUGUUGAGGAACUUGCAAUCGAGGAGAUGAUUCCAGUUUUAAUGUGGCUAUUAUAUUUUAUCCAAAACUGAUUCACAAAAACAGAAAAUUCGGAAUUGGUCUCCGAAGACAAAUUGUUAAAGAUCAACACACAGAAUUCCAGUUAAUUAUCAGAAGAAUUACUUGUAAUCCUGCUAUGCCUUUUAAAAUUUGUUCACAAUGUUGAAAGAUCCCAGAUCAAAUGCAAUUUUGUGGGUGAUGAUUCAUAUUAAUGAAUGAUUUGAUGGAUGGUUGUAAGAGAUGAGUCAUCUGGGCUUUUUGUGUAACUUCUUUGCAUACGGAGUCUUUUAAACCACACAGUUCAUUAGUGCUCUGGUUACCCAACUGUCUGAAUCUGUCGGUCUCUCUGGACAGAACAGGACAAGAUGAAGGAAAGUUACCAGAGCCGAAUAGAAAAAUGUUUAGUAUGAAUUGCCACCCCCAAGUAAGAGAAACUAGGAGGGAUAAAGUGUCAUAAGCAACUCUACUGAAUACAAUUUAAAAGGAAGAACAAUGAGAGAGUUUCUGUAUGUCAAGAAAUUUUCAAUUAUCAAUGAAUGAAACAAAAACAGAAAUUGCUGGAAAAGCUCAGCACGUCUGUCAGCAUUCCUCAGAAUGAUUCUGAGGAAAGGUCACUGGACCGAAACAUUAACUCUGAUUUCUUUCCUCCGAUGCUGCCUGACCUGUUGAGCUUUUCCAGUAACUUCUGUUUUUCUUUCGGAUUUGCAGGUCUUUCAGUUUUUAUCAAAGAAAAAAGUGUUUAACUUCCUUCUGUUGCCCUCUUAAUAUAUCUCUUUCCACUUUUUUUUUUAAUUUGAAGAUUGUGGUCAAUCAACUGUUGGACCAUUGACCAGAGAAAGUAAAGCAAAUGGAUAUCUUGCUUGAAGCCAUUGAAUGUGACUCAUGCAUACACAAAUGCCUCACCAUAUCUGUUGAAAACUCUCUCCCCUGCCUGUGGAUUUGCUGAUAUACUGAUUUUUAACUAAUGGAAAAAUCGUCUUUUGUCAUUGCUGAUUGGCAGCGAAAUAAGUAUUGAGAUAUGCUUCCAUUUCAAGAGAAAGUAUCCCUUUUGUAGAGUUUUAACACAGCUAUUCCUAAUUAAAGCUAAUUAACGUGACCCACUAAACAGUAGGUUAAUGUUGGGAAUAAUCAGCUUAAAACAGAUUUUAGGUUUGUGAUUUCAAAUCAACUGUGUUCAUCUUAUUAAUAUUAGGCAAUAUUUGUGUGUUCAGGCAACUGUAGACCAGGAAUAACCUAAAAUCUAACGUUGGCGGCCAUGAGCUGAGAAAUGUUACAUUAAUCCACAAACUGAGACAUUUUUCAUUAAAAUUAAUAGAGCUGUGAUUACUGUUUUUGAAAAAAGUUACUUAAGUGUUCACUUACUUUAGUAAUGUGUUCUAUGAAAUAUAUUGCUAUGACAGCAAUGCCCUAUUCAGCUGGUGUUUAAAUUGGUCCAGUAAUUUCUUAAAAAUAUCCUCUUUCUUCCCUCUGGAAGUUUAUCUAAAAAUAUAGGGUUACUGCAUGAAGCAGCAGCUUUGUACAGAUGGGUUUGGGAAAACGCCAGUUUUAGUCACUGUCCCUGCUGACAGUCUGACUUUAAUUUUUUAAAAAAUGAAAAUCAAGAUGUUUAAUUGUCUCAUGUCCUGUCAUGGAAAGAGAACCGUGCCUCGAAUCUUGCUCGUAAAUGACAUUGAAUGAGUGCUGCUUGAAAAUGCCCAGGUGUGAACAUAAUUCCUCUGCAAACUUGUAUAACUUACUGCCAUUCAUUGCACAGUCAUGGGCAAAAAGACUUUUCAAGUGGGUGAAGUAUAGGCUUGUAUUGGUGUCCUGCAACAAUUGGGGUGGUGAGGCAUGGGGGAGAAAGAUAAAGGGGAAAAAGACUGCAUUUUAAAUGAAAUGCUGCCUAUCUGUCCUUUACAGGUCAAGUUAUUCUUUUUUUUUAAGACUGUUUUUAAUGUUGUCUUUCCGCUGUUGCAGAGAUUAUUUGGAGUCUUGAUCUUCAAUUCUGUGGCCCGUGUGUGUCCAGUGAGUAGUUGUGGUAAUUUGGUGUAAGGGAUGGAGCAAGUCUUGAUCUGUUUUAAUGGUUGGUACUUACUGAAACAAAAAUAGAAAAUACUCUAAAACAAUGUAAAGGCAUUGUUUGUGUGAGAAAUCAUCCAUGACACAUGCUGCCAGACCUGAUUGCUUAAUGUAAUUUCUGUUUUUAUUUCUGAUUUCCUGGAUUCUUUUGCUUUUGUGUAUUGUGGUUGCUUUCUGUUAUGUUAAUGUUUUAAAUUUGCAAACACUGUUGCAGUUAUUUUGAGGGUUGGAGGGCCUUGGAACAACUGAAACAAAGGCUUGGUUGUACAAAACUUGAAUAUUUUAGAUAAGCGAAACAUGUGGUGAAAGUUCUUUGUAUUGGACUCAGCAGGACUAAUGCAAGAAUACCAAAUUUCAAAUUAUCAUGGUUUUAUACUACAUACAGAAAGACCAUAGACAUAAAAGUGGGCCAUUCAGCCUUUUGAGUCUGCUCUGCCAUUCAAUGAAAUCAUGACUGAUCUGAAAACUCUCAAUUCCACUUUGCUGUGUUUUCUACAGAACCCUUGAUUCCUUCUACUGAUUAAAAAUAUCUGUCUCAGCCUUGCAUGAACAUAGUGAGCCAACUUCAACAGCCUCUGUGCUAAAGAAUUCUGCAGAUUUACAGCCCUCAAAAAUAUUUACUAAUGUCUCUAUUAAAUGCACGCCCUCUUAUUCUCAUACUCAUCCACAAGGUGAAGUAACUAUUCCACAGGUACCCCAUCAAGUGUUGAAGAAUCUUUGUAUUCUUGAAAAAAAGUGAACCCUCCUUAUUCUAUAUUCAAUAAGUACAUGCCCAAUCUACUUGACCUUCUCCACAGAGUCCAUCCAAACCAAGAAUCAAACCAAUGAAUUUUUUUUUAUUCAUUCAAAUGGGAUAAGCGUAUCACUACUAGGUUGGCAUUUAUUGCCCAACCCUAAUUUCAAGGAGGCUAGACCAGGUAAGGAAGGCAAUAUACAUGGUCAUCAUUAGACUCUUAAUUCCAGACUCUCUUUUUUUUAAAAUUGAAUUUAAAUUCCACCAUCUCCCAUGGUGAGAUUUGAACCCAGGUUCCCAAACACUAGCUGGGUCUCUGGAUUAACAGCCCAGCACUACUACUGUUAGGUCAUUGUCUCUCUCCCCUUCACUGGAAUGCCUCCAAUGGCAGUAUAUCGUUUCUUACAAAUGGGGCCCAAAAAUGUUCGCAAUAUUCCCAGGUGACCUGACUAGUACCUUGGAGAGUUGUAGCAAAAUCUCUGACUUUUGUACUCCAUUCCCUCUGAAAUAAAGGCCAACAUUCCAUUUGCCUUUGCUAUUACCAACUGAACUUGGAUUCUAGUUUUUCAUGAGUCAUGGGAAAAGCUGCUGAUUUGGUUUGGAUGAUAACUCUGCUUGGCCAAUGCAUUGCCAUGGAGAAAGCAACAUGGAAGCUAUAUACUUCCAAGUUCAAACAAAGGCACUUGGCUUUCUUAUCAAAUAGAGUUGACCAGCCAACUGAUCAGCACCCUGUUUUUGUGUAGUAUACAUCUUUGCGAUUGUUUGAAAUUCUUGCAUUCUCCCUGAUGUUUACAAGCUGAAACACUUUGUUUUGCAGAAAAGAAAAAUAUGAGUCACCCUUCCCUCUAAAUAAUCCCAAUUUUCAUUUAGAGCCAGAGCCUUUGGGAGAGACCAGGGAGAGACUUCAGAAGAAAUAUAGAAAAUUGAUGCAGUUUGACAGAAAAAAAUCUUACUUUGCCACAUUUGAAGGACACACAAUUUUAUUUGCUAAAAUGGUGGUCUUUAUAUUUAUUUAUCAUUUAUAUUUAAAAAGAAAAAGCUUGGCUAGUUAAGUUGAAGGCUGGUUGUACAGUUUUAACCAGACUGUACUUAUUUCAACCUUAUAAUAUUCUAUUUGAAAUCCUGUUUGGUACUGAUCUGACAUCAGCGAAGGGAAAAUUGUACAGUAUAUCCAAUUUAAAGGGAUCCUGAGUCUUAAGAGGCCAUUUAUAUUACAGAAUUAAUUAAAGGGGAAGUGUAAUCCACUAAAUUGCCGUAUAAUCCUGCAUGUUGAAAACAUACACUUACUGGCGUCUCCCUGUCUCCAGUUCUGUGGGGGUGAAAUUCCUCUUUUAACGAAGAGCAGGAGAUGGCCUUUUUUUAUUUUGCCCCCUGUAAUUAAUGCCCUCACCAAACAAAUCAUCUUGAGAUGGUCACAUGCUUGGAAAUGUUGCACUUGUGACUCCAUUUACUGCCUUUUUGGUUAGAGACAAAAAGGAGCACUUUUUUUUUUGUUUCAUCCUUUAACAUUCCGCAGGGCACAGUCAUCAGGCAAAGAAUUCCAAUCAUGUCAUAAAUUUGGAAUCACCCCUACAAUCACCCUUGUCCUCCAUGAUCUUAAUGAAGCAGUGUUAACUCUAGAGAUUUUAGGGCCAGAAACUCCCCUUAUUAGAGUGAACUGUGAACAUUUCUAAAAUUUGAAAUACAAUUUCAAAAAAAUAUAUAUUGAAACUGUCCACUUCAUUUCUAUCUCCUCCCCAAAAUGCAUUAUGUUUUUCCAACUGAGUUGUAAUUUACUGCAAAAAGAAUUUGAGCUGCCUUUUGAUUUGCUGGAAUUGUUUUGGAAUGUGCAAAAAUGGGCACCCAACCCUUUUGAAAGGUUUUUAAUUUCUCUUGCCCUGCAUUUUCAGUGAAUGGGGUAAUGUGCUUGCCUCCAAUUCCUACCUGAACUGUUUUUAACCCAACUUACACCUGCUGCAAGUGAGGUAACAUACAAAUUAAUGCAAAUAAGACAGAAAUUUAUAUGCAUGCAUUAACAGUAGAGAAUAGAAAAUGGUUAAAUCUACAAAAAUGAGAGCUCCAAGCUUGCGUUGCACCAUGGAUUUCAAGCAAGGUUUAGGGUUUCAAAGCAUAGAAAUGAGCCGUUAUUGGUAAAUGUCAAAAUGCCAACCAUUGUUCUGCAUUAUGUGAGCAAUACAGAUGAAUAAUACCCUUUCCCUCUUUGUAGACUAGAAUGUGAGACAAAGGGAAGGAAAAAUACAUGUUAGUUUAAGACUAUGUCAAAGAAAAUGUUGGCAUAACUUGUGGUGUGCAAUAAAUACCAAGUCUAAUGAAAAAUGUGUUAGAAAAAUGUUCUGAGAACAGCCAAGUGAAGUUACUCUGUCACAGACUGUGAAAUGUUUCUGUAUUAUUUAUGAUGCUGUUAACUAAUAAAUUACAAAAAUGACUGUACAAA